CCGCCGCAGCGUGAGGCGGCUCCAGCGGCGCGAUGGCGGCCACGGCGGGCAGAUCGCUGCCUCUCCUCCUCUGCCACCGCCCCGCCGCCGCGCUGACGGCAGCCGGUUGUUUCCCGGCGCUGGGGCGGCGCCGCCAGCAGCAGCAGCGACACCGGACGGUGAGUAAGGUGCAUCAGAGGCUUUCUCCUUGGCAGAGCGUACGAGUGGUCUAUUGCAGUACCGUAGUGCCCUCUGAUGAAGUGACGGUGGUUUACCAAAACGGGUUACCUGUGAUCUCUGUGAAUCUUCCAUCCCGGCGUGAGCGCUGCCAGUUCACACUUAAACCUAUCUCAGACUCUGUUGGCGUGUUCUUACAACAGCUGCAAGCAGAGGACCGAGGGAUUGAUCGGGUUGCAAUCUACUCCCCAGAUGGUACACGCGUUGCCUCCUCCACAGGCAUAGAUUUGCUUCUGCUGGAUGACUUCAAACUGAUCAUCAAUGAUGUCACGUAUCAUGUUAGACCACCAAAGAGAGAGCUCUUAAGCCAUGAAAAUGCAACGACGCUGAAUGAUGUCAAGACGUUGGUUCAGCAGUUGUAUACCGCCUUGUGCAUUGAGGAGCACCAGCUGAACAAAGAGAAGGAGCUGAUAGGGAGACUAGAGGAACUGAGGGAGCAGCUAGCACCACUAGAAAAAAUAAGGAUGGAGCUCAGCAGGAAAGCAGAGAAGAGGACAACCUUGGUGUUGUGGGGAGGCCUGGCCUACAUGGCCACUCAGUUUGGGAUUCUGGCCCGCCUCACCUGGUGGGAAUAUUCUUGGGACAUUAUGGAACCAGUCACCUAUUUCAUUACCUAUGGUAGUGCCAUGGCAAUGUAUGCUUAUUUCGUAAUGACUCGCCAGGAAUAUGUUUAUCCAGAUGCCAGAGACAGACAGUACUUAUUAUUUUUCCAUAAAGGAGCCAAAAAGACACGAUUUGACCUAGAGAAAUACAAUCAACUGAAGGAUGCAAUUGCUCAGGCAGAAUUGGACCUUAAGAGGCUUCGAGACCCACUGCAGGUUCACCUGCCCAUCCAGCAAAUUGAUGACAAGGACUGACCAGCAAAGCUGCUCUGAACCCCGGCAAAAAACCUGUUCAUAGCUCUUGCCUUUUUAAUUAAAGCAUUGCAGGUGGAAGCUGGGAGGUGAUGUGGGGUGGAGGAUUUUCACCUUUAAUCAAGACAAAGGACUGUGGGGGGGGGGAUAUCUCUUCAAUGUGAAGAUGGUACAUUGUGGAAUGUUAGUUCUGAAAAGGGCUUGGCAAUUAGUCACGUUUCAAAAUUGGAUGAUGAUUGUGUACAAAUAGAGGAUAUGGGGGGAGGGGUUAUGGAAAGAAUGUAUUGCUGGGGUUGGAGGGGUGUCUUCUUCCAGCUUUGCAGGGUCUGCCUCUUGAUAAGACACCAGCAGCCUGCUUAGCUUUUUAAUUUUUCCUUUACCUGAUGCAGAUCUCUCUUUCUCUCUCAAAAUAAAAAGGAGACCAAAAAAUAAAAGCCCAAAAAAGAGCAAGAGUCCAAGGCACCUGGAGCUAUGGUUGGUGAUCAGAACUUGCACUCCACCGCCAUUAACACGCACACUCCUGAUCAGACCUGCUCUCUUUUAUAAAAGUUACUACAAGACUGCUUUCUACUGGACAAAACCGUGAGCCUCCCCUUCCCAGCCCACCCCAUGUGCUCCACUGACUUCCUCCUUUGCUUAUUUGUAGCACAGAGUGGUUGUAGCCAAGUGCGAGAAGGAAUGAGUUUUCUUCUGAAUGUUUGAUAAUUGAUGUUUUGGAUUAGUCCAUAAGAAAUAUAUCAACUCUUGAGUCCCAAUGCCCUUGAGCUCCUUCUAGAAAUCGAAGGCAGCAUUGCAUGAGAGGUUUUGGGUUGUUUUUUCUAUAUUAAAUCUUCAAGGAGGGUGAUUUCCCCUCUUCCUACCCCAAAUCUGAUAGCCACCUGGACUAAGAAAUUACAAAGGCAUAAAGAAUUAUGAAAUUGUGGUAGAGUCACAACUUUUAAAUGAUCAGUUUUGGAAGAUGGAGUAAUUACACUUGAUAUUUGACUGCUCAUGUAGCAGGAUAAAGCUGUAUGGUCAAAGCAUUUUCCUUGCCCCGGAGGCUUUCUGAAAGCCUGGGAGGCUCUUGCGGUGCAAGACACAGAACUGCUUCAGUUCUCUGGCACUUUCCCCCUCAUUAAGUAGCUUUAAAUGAACUUUGCGCCCACAGGUCAGAAUCUCUUAGGAGUGGCUAAUGACAUCUGUUCUUAGCUGAAUGAAAUAGAGGAAGGAAAGUCAAGCCAUUGCCCUCUUUCCUAGUCAAGGCUGCUGAUUUUUAAGCAGAUAAAACAACUCUUUCUUCAAAGCAGGUCAGUCUGGUUUAGCUUCCUGCUGAUAAAUACUGUGGAGACAGGAUGGAGGUGGGAGAAGGACAUGAAGCAUUAUAUGCAGAAAGGAUGGCUGCUUAUUUUUCCUUUUUUUUUGGUGUUUCACUACUGCUCCUCACUGUGUCAUGGAAAGAGGCUUCUGUUGAGUUUGUUUUUGAGAGCUAUCAAAAAAAAAAAAAAAGAAAGAAAAAAAAUCAAUAUUAACUAGAUGCCAGGUGCCUUGCAGAUGUGGAAACACAGCUGGGAUUGCUGCCUCUUUUCACUCAAUGGCAUGUUGGACCGAAUGGGUGCAUGUUUCUAGGUUGUUGGGUUUUUUUUUCCCCCUUCCCCUUUUCCUGUGUCUUUCCAUUUAAUUACAUUGUGUGAUUAUUUUUUUUUAUCUGUUUUAUCCCAUUUGUGUGAUGAGUUUUAAAGGGAAAAAAAAAAUGAACACAAUCCUGUAGCCAAAUCCUCAGUGUGUGUUUGGGAUGAGGGAGGGAGCAUGGAGAAAAGUUCUUCUUUAAAAAAACAAACAAACAAACAAACCUGAACAUGUGUAAAAUCCUGUAUCAUUUAUGAAAUAUGUAUAAAAGAGCAAUGUACUUCUGGAACAAUAAAUAACUAUUCAAUUUUUGAA